GAUGAGGCUGAUCUAAUUGACAGAAAUGACCAGCAGCAGUUUCUGGCAAGCGCUGAUUUUCUUUCAAAUUACGGCAUGCCCACUUUGAUUUCUAAUAUGCAGGCAGCAGCAUCUGAAGUCCUCAAGGGAAAGCAGUUGAAGGAUUUGUUCAACACCACUGUACUUCAUGAAACGACUGUGCCGAUAUUGGACAUGUUCAUGAGCAUGGGAAGCCCUCAUCACUGGGUGGACUAUUUAAUGCCGGAGGAUCCUGUGAUGGUUUUUCCG